AUGGCGGUUGAUAGUCCCAGUCCGAGUCUUGACUCCCCCGCGCCGGCCCACGUCUUCACAGAAAUGGAGCGCUGGAAUCAGUCGCGCUCCAACGUGCUCAAGACGCUGGCCACCUUUUGGAGUUUCCUGGUGAUGGGAGCGAAUGAUGCUGCUUACGGGCUCGAGUCAUACUACCGUCUGUCCUACACGGUAGUCUCGCUGGUCUUCUUCUCCCCGCUGGGAGGCUACACCCUGGCAGCCCUGCUCAACAAUAAAAUCCACGUCCAUCUGGGCCGCCGCGGGGUCGCCUUCAUCGCCCCGAGCUGCCAUCUCCUCGCCUACAUCGUCAACUGUCUGCACCCGCCAUACCCCGUGCUAGUUGUCUCCUUCAUCUUUGCAGGAUUCGGCAAUGGUCUUGCCGACGCCGCAUGGAACGCCUGGAUCGGGAACAUGGCCGAUGCAAACCAGAUGCUCGGCUUUCUCCACGGGCUGUACGGCGUCGGCGCCGUGCUCAGUCCCAUCAUCGCAACGUCCCUGAUCACCCGAGCCCACCUCGGCUGGUACUACUUCUACUACAUCAUGAUUGCAUGCGCCGCCGUAGAGCUCGCCUUCUGCCUCACCGUCUUCUGGGACGCCAAACCCACCCCAGAGUCCACCUCCCCAGACAGCUCUCGCGGUGUUCUCCGCCGCACCCUCUUCACCAAACACAGCGGCCGCGUCACCUGGAUCUGCGCCUUCUUCCUCCUCGGCUACGUCGGCAUCGAAGUCGCCAUCGGCGGCUGGAUCGUCACCUUCAUGAUGCGCGUGCGCCACGGCGCCGACUUUGCCAGCGGCAUGUCCGCCACCGGCUUCUGGCUGGGGAUUACCUUUGGCCGAUUCGUGUUGGGUUUCGUCACGCCCAGACUGGGCGAGAAGCUCGCCAUCAUCAUAUACUGCCUCCUCGAGAUUGGCUUCGGCCUCAUCCUCUGGCUCGUCCCGAACUUCUACGCCGGCGUCGUAGCCGUCGCCAUGCAGGGCUUCUUCCUGGGCCCGUUCUUCCCGGCUGCGGUGGUGGUAGCGACGAAGCUGCUCCCGCGCGCGCAGCAUGUCAGCGCGAUUGGGUUUGCGGCGGCGUUUGGGGGCGGCGGGGCGGCGGUGCUGCCAUUUGCGGUUGGGGCGAUUGCGCAGGCGCGCGGCGUGCAGGUGCUGCAGCCGUUUAUUAUUGGGUUGUCUGGGGGGAUUUUUUUGCUGUGGUGUGGGUUGCCGCGGAUGCCGAAGUUGAGGGUUGAUGGGGAGGAGGAGGAGAUGGGUGAGCGGGGGGCUUAG